AUGGGCCUGAUCUUCGCCAAGCUGUGGAGUCUCUUCGGUAGCCAAGAACACAAAGUAAUCAUAGUGGGACUUGACAAUGCUGGCAAGACUACUAUUCUGUACCAAUUCUUAAUGAAUGAAGUGGUUCAUACAUCUCCAACCAUAGGAAGCAAUGUAGAAGAAAUAGUGGUGAAAAACACUCACUUCUUAAUGUGGGAUAUUGGAGGCCAGGAAUCCUUACGCUCGUCGUGGAAUACCUACUAUUCAAACACAGAGUUCAUCAUUCUUGUUGUGGACAGCAUCGAUCGGGAGCGACUUUCUAUCACAAAAGAAGAACUUUACAGAAUGCUGGCUCAUGAGGAUUUACGGAAGGCUGCAGUUCUCAUCUUUGCAAACAAGCAGGACAUGAAAGGUUGCAUGACAGCUGCUGAGAUAUCUACAUACCUCACCCUCAGCUCCAUAAAGGAUCACCCGUGGCACAUUCAGUCCUGCUGUGCUUUGACAGGAGAAGGAUUAUGCCAAGGUUUGGAGUGGAUGACCUCUCGUAUUGGAGUGAGAUAG